AUGGCCCCCAAACACCAGUUUUCACUUCCACCCCAAGCAAAGAAACCGAAGAAACCGAGACGGACUCCUGCCUCCAGGCCAGAGGAAACGUCUGCUUCUCCGAACUUGCUGAAGGAAGAAAAAGAACAGCAAGAAGCAAUUGAACAUAUUGAUGAAGUACAAAAUGAAAUAGACAGACUUAACGAACAAGCCAGUGAGGAGAUUUUGAAAGUAGAACAGAAAUAUAACCAACUCCGCCAACCAUUUUUUCAGAAGAGGUCGGAACUGAUCGCCAAAAUCCCAAAUUUUGGGGUAACAACAUUUGUUCACCAUCCACAAGCGUCUGCACUGCUUGGGGAGGAGGAUGAAGAGGUGCUGCAUUAUUUCACAAGAGUUGAAGUGACAGAAUUUGAAGAUAGUAAAUCAGGUUACAGAAUAGAUUUUUAUUUUGAUGAAAACCCUUACUUCGAAAAUAAAGUUCUCUCCAAAGAAUUUCAUCUGAAUAAGAGUGGUGAUCCAUCUUCAAAGUCCACUGAAAUCAAAUGGAAAUCCGGAAAGGAUCUGACAAAACGUGCAAGUCAAAUGCAGAAUAAAGCCAGCAGGAAGAGACAGCAUGAGGAACCAGAAAGCUUCUUCACCUGGUUUACUGAUCAUUCUGAUGCAGGUGCAGAUGAGUUAGGAGAGGUCAUCAAAGAUGAUAUUUGGCCAAAUCCAUUACAGUACUACUUGGUUCCGGACAUGGAUGAUGAGGAAGGGGAAGGAGAAGAAGAUGAUGAUGAUGAUGAUGAAGAGGAAGAAGGACUGCAAGAUACUGAUGAAGAAGGGGAUAAGGAUGAAGGAAGAUGAAGGAGAAGAUGACUAAUGGAACACUGAUGGAUUCCAACCUUCCUUUUUUAAUUUUCUCCAGUCCCUGGGAGCAAGUUGCAGUCUUUUUUUUUUUUUUCUUUCUCCUUCUCCUCUUGUGCUCAGUUGCCCUGUGUUUGAGGUCUCUUUUCUCCUUUAUACCAUGGCUCACAACUUAUUUUGGGGGGAAAUACCUUGAGCAGAAUUCAGUGGGAAAAGAAUCUCUACCCCUUUCUGUUCCAGAUUCAUUUUUAUCCCUUCCUGUCUCAACAAAAACUUUACGGAAUCAACACCACCAUGCUCUGUGGGAAAAAAGAAAAACCUUCUGCUCCUUAGCUCUGCUGGAAGCUGGAGGGUGCUAGGCCCCUGUGUAGUAGUGCAUAGAAUUCUAGCUUUUUUCCUCCUUUCUCUGUAUAUUGGGCUCAGAGAUUACACUGUGUCUCUAUGUGAAUAUGGACAGUUAGCAUUUACCAACAUCUAUCUGUCUACUUUCUCUUGUUUAAAAAAAGAAAAAAAAACUUAAAAAAUGGGGUUAUAGAAGGUCAGCAAAGGGUGGGUUUGAGAUGUUUGGGUGGGUUAAGUGGGCAUUUUGACAACAUGGCUUCUCCUUUGGCAUGUUUAAUUGUGAUGUUUAACGGACAUCCUUGCAGUUUAAGAUGACACUUUUAAAAUAAAAUUCUCUCCUAAUGAUGACUUGAGCCCUGCCACUUGAUGGGAGAAUCAGCAGAACCUGUAGGAUCUU